GCCCCAGCGCGCGGAGCCGGUCCUCAUGGCGGCGCGGGUGCCCGCGGGCCCCGAGGACGACGCCUCGGCCGUCCUGGACCAGCUGUCUCGGAACUUUACGUACUGGGCGCCGGGCCCGGGCAACGGCUCGCUGUCGAGCGCCUGGUACCGCAGGAACCAGGUUCACCUUUUUGGAGUUUUGCUGGCUAUUUUAGGAAACUUGGUGAUCAGCAUUUCCCUAAAUAUCCAGAAAUAUUCUCACCUUCAUUUGGCCCAGAAAGAGCACCCAAAGCCAUACUUUAGGAGUGUGCUUUGGUGGAGUGGAGUCCUGCUGAUGGCCAUAGGAGAGGUGGGGAAUUUCGCAGCCUAUGGAGUCGCCCCCAUCACUUUGAUCGCACCACUGGGCUGCAUGUCGGUUACAGGUAGUGCCAUAAUUUCUGUUAUAUUUCUAAAAGAAAAUUUGAGAGCCUCGGAUUUACUAGGUAUGACACUGGCAUUUGCAGGAACAUAUUUAUUGGUGAAUUUUGCUCCAAAUAUGACCCAGGACAUCUCAGCAAGAACAGUACAGUAUUACUUUGUUGGCUGGCAGUUCCUGGUCUAUGUGAUUUUAGAAAUCCUAGUUUUCUGCAUUCUUCUGUAUUUCCAUAAAAGAAAAGGAAUGAAGCACAUUGUGAUCCUGCUCACCCUGGUGGCACUCCUUGCCUCAUUGACUGUGAUUUCAGUGAAAGCUGUCUCAGGCAUGAUCACUCUCUCGGUGACGGGUAAAAUGCAGCUCACGUACGCCAUCUUCUAUAUCAUGCUUGUCAUCAUGGUCGCCUCUUGUGUUUUCCAAGUCAAGUUCCUGAAUCAAGCCACAAAGCUCUACACGAUGACCACAGUGGUUCCAGUCAACCAUGUUUUCUUCACAACUAGUGCCAUCAUCGCAGGCAUCAUAUUUUACCAGGAAUUCCUUGGUGCUGCUCUUCUCACUGUGUUUAUAUAUCUCUUUGGGUGCUUUCUCUCAUUCCUUGGAGUAUUUUUGGUGACGAGAAAUAGAGAAAAUGACCAUCUACAACAGUCUUUUAUUGAUUUUGGAAAUAUUCCUGGGAAACAAAUGUUGGACAAAAUACAACCAGAUUCAAAUGGCUUAUCCUAUGGAACCUUGCCUGAUGGAAGUGACUCAACCCGGAGCCAGAGUGGAGAGAAGAAAGAAGCCUAAAAUGCCGAGAGGGAUGCCGUUGGCCGGUUAUUCAAUACCACCUUUUUAAAACAUUGCACAUGUUCAAUUUGUGUCAGCAGCUAUUUCACGCUGACAUGUGUGCACAUUCGAUUCAGUCCUCUCCCCCACUGUGGACAGUCAGGGCCCUCCUAAUCUCUAACAGUCUAAUGCUUUCAUGGAAUGUAACUCAAAGUGCUCCCCACACCCUGCAUCUCUCCCUAGCGAUCAUCUAACUGGCUGUAUCUUAAUGAGAGCCUGGCUGCUUGAGCAGGAUGUCACACAAAAAUGUGCACUCGAGAUUUGGCCAUAGAAGGCAUAGGUUGCUCCUCCAUGUGGCUUGCAGAAUCAGCUUGUUGGCUUCAAAACACUCUCUGCUGCCACAACCUGUCUUUAAAGAAAGGUCUGAUGUGCUUCUCUUGGGCAUCUUCUACGAGCCUUUCGUGAGGACUUACUCCUUUUUCCCUGUCAGGAUGGCAAAUCUUCUUUUCAGAAAACCAACUCUGUUAAAAUCCUCCUUUGAAAAUAAAGGGCCUCUUUAAAAAACAGAA